AAGCAAAUUCCAGUUCACUGUCUGAACAGUGACCAACAAGUCUCUAGCUGUUUUACUUUAUUUACAGAAACGUCCAGCACUGCGAAACCGGAAACAAAUGUUUACAUUGCACUAGUCUUGGCUAAAACUAUAGGCAUAUGUUUUUAAGCUAUGUAGAAUUCUGCAUUAGAUCACUUUACAGCAAGUCUUCCGUGAAUGUACGUUAUCAACAAAGUCUCCCUGCAAGCAGGUGUCACGACUGCUUUCCUACCGUAAGGAGGCAUCCUUACUUGUGCUUUCAAAGACUCAGCUAGGAUCUGAGCACCGAUGUAACAAGACUCCAACAUGAUGACAAGAAGGCAUUUGAUGUCUGUCUUCCUCUUGUUCUGUGGAACCACAUUUGUCUUCAUUCAUGGCAAACAGUACUAUACUGCAGCUGUAUAUGAGCACAGUUCUAUACUAAAUCCUGAUACUCAUGCAAUAAUUGAUCGAGAAUCGGCUCUUAAGCUGAUGAACAAAAAUCUGGAUAUCUAUGAGAAGCAAAUUACUUUGUCUGCAGAAAAGGGUGUUCAAAUUAUUGUAUUUCCAGAGGAUGGUAUACAUGGCUUUAACUAUACCAGGGAAUCGAUUUAUCCAUUUUUGGAGACUGUUCCAGACCCAGACAAAAUAAAAUGGAAUCCUUGUCAAGAUCCACAUGCAUUCAUCAGAGCUGAGGUUCUUACCCGUCUGAGUUGUAUGGCAAGAAAGGGAAGAAUGUAUGUGGUGGCAAACAUGCCAACUCGGGAAGAUUGUGAUGACAGUGACCCCAACUGCCCACGUGAUGGAAGAUACCAGUUUAAUACUAAUGUGGUCUUCAGUGAUAAUGGUGAUCUUGUGGCCAGAUAUCGCAAGCAAAACCUAUUCUUUGAGUAUGAAUUUAACACUCCAUCAAAAGCUGAACAUGCAAUUUUUGAUACUCCUUUUGCUGGGAAGUUUGGCAUGUUUAUAUGUUAUGAUUUACUCUUCUAUGAGCCUGCAGUAAGCCUUAUUGAGAAAUACAAUGUCACCCAGAUUUUGUUUCCCACUGCUUGGAUGAGUGCAUUUCCCUUUUUAGUUGGUAUUCAGUUUCAGCGAGCUUUCGCAUCUGCCUUUGGUAUCAACUUUCUGGUUGCCAAUCUGCACCACCCUUCAUUGAAUAUGACCAGCAGUGGAAUAUACACCCCAAAAGAGUCAUUCUACCACUAUGAUAUGAUAGGGGAUGCUGGUAAGCUUAUAGUAGCCCGUAUCCCUGUGGUCCCAACUGAUCGUGUGCAGAGUGAAGCACAUUUUGUUCCAACAAGUCAGCAGGUUUUGGAGAAGUGUAACAGUACCCUUGUGUGCAGUGCUAAAAAAUCCUUGGGUUUGGAUUCAGUCUGUGAAGAUGCAGCAGCAGAUGUGCUAACAGAAAACAGCAUGAUUCCGCCUACAUUUAAUUCAAUAAUAUUUCAUGACAACUUCACACUUAGUCCACUCACUACACCUGUGGGUGAGCAACUGGUUUGUAGCAACUCCCUGUGUUGUCAUGUGUCAUUUUGUGGUAACUUUAGUCACAGUGAGUUAUACGUUCUGGGGGCUUUUGAUGGUUUACAUGCUGGUGGAGCAUUUUAUACUCAAGUGUGUGCUCUCUUAAAAUGUGCUGACACUAACUAUGAUUCUUGUGGGGCCAAAGUUACAAAUGCCAGUAGUACUAUAGACUUCAAAUUAUGGGGAAACUUCAGCACUCGGCAUAUAUAUCCUGAAAUACUUGGUUCUGGGUUAACUCUUUAUUUACCAGACAGUAUGGGCUGGGAGAAUAAAAGCUACUACAUGUACAGAAGGUCAAUGUCAUUGGGCCUGACAACUGCUGCUUUAUAUGGACGAUGGUAUGAAAAAGACUGAUACCUUAUCUUCUGGCCAUUACUUAGAAAUGUGUGCAGGUGAUUCUUAACAUUUGCACAAAUGUAAGCUGCACACUGAAUACUAACUAUAUGUGGGCUGUAAAUGAUCAAAUGAUUUAACAGAAAACUAAUGAGUCUGAAUGCAUUUUCAGCAAUCUUUUUUGAAACAUUUAUCAGUAUUCUAUAUCGUUGCUGAAGUUUUGCAAUUCUGAAAUAAAAUUAUUUAAGCAAA